AUGAGUGGAGGAUCUCAAGUUCACAUUUUUUGGGGUGCUCCAGUCAGUCCACUGGAAAUGACAGUCUCACAGGAACCAACCUCUUUAGCACCCACUACUGAGACCUGGAAAGAAAUUCAGGUUUUGUACAAUCACCAUUCCUUAUACCUGAAGGAUAAAAAAUGCAGGCACAAAAAUCUCGAGGACUGUCAGGCCCUGGAACCUCUGGGUCUUCCAGAUCUUCCUCAUGGUCAUACUCCAGCAAACUCUAUGAACAGAUCUGUUUACAUGAAAGAUGACUCCACACGUUGCAUUUCUGAAACACAAACUGUAAAUUCCCAGAAGAGUUACCUCUUGGGAAUGAGUGAUAGAACCAACUUCAGUGAGCAAAUAUGUGGAUUUAAGGGAGGAAUUCAGCAUUUUACUGAAGAAGAGAAGUAUCAAAAUCUUUCCAGUGAACUUAAGAAAACCACAAGCGAACAGCGUGAUCAAUCAAACAUAUGUGGUCAGAACAUUCCAAAAAAUUCCUUUCAUUUAGAUCAUAAGUGUGCAGCUAUACUGGAUGUGGUCUGUGGUACUGAACAGACUAAUACUCCAGAAGCUAUCAAAAUAAACCGUGCACCAACAGAGCAUCAUGAAAUACAGAACCGGUGUCUGGAGUUCUUCCCUUCUAACACAGUAGACAAACCAAGACCUGAAGGACUUAAAAUAUCCACUGAUGCUGAAUUUCUUAGUAUAAUGACCUCCAGCCAGGUUGCUUUUUUAGCUCAAAGGAAAUAUAAAGGGCAGAAUUCUAUAAAUAAAGGGACCAUAAACAUGGAGAUUGAACCAGAAGCAAGUUAUGGGGAAAUAAGAAUAACUGAGGAUAAUUUGAUUCAGUCCAAAGAUGAUUCUGCAGAAGGAUAUGAAGAUGGACAGAACCAAGCCUGUUCCGUUGAACUUUUUAGUCCUGUUUGUCCUGAAACAAAAAGUUGCCACACUCUCUUAAACGCUGAUAAAGAUCUUGAAGAAAACAUAGGAUCUCAAGAACUUUUCAAUUUUGAUGAUAACUUUCAACCAAAUGAGAUAUGCAUUGAGUCAUGUAACUCAGGAAUACUGUGUUCUCAACUAAAUACCUUCCACAAAAGUUCUGGUAAGAGAAGUUGGACCUCUGAAGAGAAAUCAGGCCACCCUCAGGCUCUGUCUAAAGUCCCCCAUGUAGCUAAGAAAAUUAAGUUGUUUUCUAAUGAGAUAGAUCAUACUAUAACGGUGGACCAGAGGAACAUGUCUGGAUUUAAGGGCAUUAAAAAAACCUCAUUAAUAAAAAACUGUGAUUCUGAACGUCAGAAAUACAAUUGCUUAGUCAUGGUGUUAUCUCCAUGUCACAUGAAAGAAAUAAAUAUAAAAUCUGGACCAAAUUCUGGCUCUAAAGUGCCUUUAGCAACAAUUGUGGUAACUGACCAAUCAGAAAUUAAGAAGAAGGUGUUUCUGUGGAGGACUGCAGCAUUCUGGGCACUUACUGUGUUUCUUGGAGAUAUAAUUUUACUCACAGAUGUCACUAUCCAUGAGGAUCACUGGGUUGGUGAGACAGUACUGCAAUCAACAUUUACCAGUCAAUUAUUAAAUCUUGGGAGUUACUCAUCUGUCCAGCCUGAAGAAUAUUCCAGUAUGAUUAGUAAUGUUGUACUUCAAGACUUACUGGCAUAUGUAUCUUCAAAACAUUCCUAUCUCAGAGAUCUUCCUCAGAGGCAUCCUCAGAAAAUGAGCAGUAUAGAAUUUAUAGAAUUGGAGCAGCUUCAGCCAGACAUACUAGUCCAUGCAAUUCUAAGAGUUGUUGAUAUCUCUGUACUGACUGAGGCGUUAUACAGUUAUAGAGGACAGAAGCAAAGGAAAGUUAUGUUAACAGUGGAACAGACCCAAGGUCAACAUUAUGUGCUUGUAUUAUGGGGUCCUGGAGCAGCCUGGUACCCUCAACUUCAAAGGAAAAAAGAUUAUAUUUGGGAAUUUAAGUAUCUUUUUGUUCAGCGCAAUUGCAUCCUGGAGAACCUAGAAUUGCAUACAACACCAUGGUCAUCCUGUGAGUGCCUGUUUGAUGAUGAUAUAAGGGCAAUUACAUUUAAAGCAAAAUUUCAAAAAAACAUACCCUCCUUUGUGAAGAUGUCAGAUUUAGCAACACACCUAGAGGAAAAGCAUUCAGGAGUGAUUCUAAUCAAAGCCCAGAUUUUAGAGCUAGUGUUUCCCAUUACAGCAGUUCAGAAAAUAGCUCUAAAUGCUCGCAGUUCUCUGAAGAGUAUUUUUUCUUCUCUUCCCAAUAUUACAUACACUGGCUGUGCAAAAUGUGGAUUGGAACUACAAACAGAUGAGAACAAGAUCUACAAACAAUGUUUUAGCUGCUUGCCAUUUACUAUGAAGAAAAUGUACUAUAGGCCAGCUUUAAUGACCAUAGUUGAUGGAAAAUGUAAGGUCUGCAUCCAUGUAGGAUCAAAGCUGAUAGAGAAGAUUCUUCUCAACAUUUCUCCUGACUGGCUCAACAGAAUAAUAGCGCCCCCCUCUGAUGUCACCUACAGAAUGGUCGCCGCGGACCUGCUCCAUGCCUUGCUGGCGGGCAGCAGGGCACCUUGUGUCCUGAAGGUGCAGAGCCUCUUUGUGUUAGAUGAAAACAGCUACCCACUGCGACAGGACUUCUCCCUCCUGGACUUUCAUCUUGACGACUUGAAGCAUGCAUCCCAUGCCCUUCUCUGA